UGUUCUCCAAACAUGGCGGGACACGCUCCGACCGUCCGGCAUUUGAAAAGAAAGAGCAGGCCAGAAGGAGACGUUCAUAAGUCAUUUCUCUGAUCAGGGGAUAACACUUCAGUUCUCCCAUCGACUAGACGUCCUAAAGCCACGUGAGGAGCAGAGAGCGUGAGGGAAGAGGAGGAGGAAGAGGAAAGGUGUGCGCGUGCGUGUGCGUGUGGUCGACAUCUCUGUCCGCAGAGAGCAGGGACGAACAGCAGCGGGGAAAACCGGACCCAGCCAUGGAGAAGGAGCAGAUGGAAAUGUCCGCAGCCAAACCCCAACAAAAUGGAAAUACAGGGGAGACUGAAAAAGAUGACUCGAAGAAAGGGAAGAAGAAGAAAAAGGAGAAGCCUCCUAAGAUGCCCAUGGUUAGCCCCAUCAAAGUGUUUAGGUUUGCAGAUCGCUGGGAUGUCUUAAUGAUUAUAGCUGGGACGGUGAUGUCAAUGGCAAACGGCGUAGUGCUUCCACUCAUGUGCAUCGUCUUCGGCGACAUGACGGACAGCUUCAUAACGGCAGGCAAUUCCACAAACAGCACCUUAGAAGAGGAAAUGACUGGCCAUGCCAUAUACUUCUCCAUCAUGGGAGCUGGGGUGCUGGUUGCAGCCUACCUACAGGUGGCCCUCUGGGCCCUGGCAGCCGGUCGGCAGGUCAAACGCAUCCGCGUCCUGUUUUUCCACCAAAUCAUGCGGCAAGACAUUGGCUGGUUUGACGUCAAUGAGACGGGAGAGCUCAACACGCGUCUCACAGAUGACGUCUAUAAGAUCCAAGAAGGUAUCGGUGACAAGGUGGGGAUGCUGCUCCAGGGUUUCACCAGCUUUGUUGUGUCUUUUAUCAUCGGCUUGAGCAAAGGCUGGAAGCUCACUCUGGUCAUCCUGGCUGUGAGCCCCGUGCUUGGCAUUUCUGCUGCUCUUUUCAGUAUGGUGCUCACAUCGUUCACCAGUAAAGAGCAGACUGCAUAUGCUAAAGCCGGUGCUGUAGCCGAGGAGGUGAUCUCUUCAAUCAGGACUGUGUUUGCCUUCAGUGGUCAAGAGAAGGAGAUUGAGAGAUAUCAUAAGAACCUAGAGGAUGCUAAGCAGUUGGGAAUAAAGAAGGCGAUCUCUGCUAACCUUUCCAUGGGUGUCACCUUCCUCUUUAUUUACCUGUCCUAUGCUCUGGCCUUCUGGUAUGGCAGUACACUCAUCCUGAAUGGAGAGUACACGAUUGGAACCGUACUCACUGUCUUCUUUUCUGUGCUCAUUGGUGCUUUCUCACUGGGACAGACCUCUCCCAACAUCCAGACCUUUGCGAGUGCUCGGGGAGCUGCGUAUAAAGUAUACAACAUCAUUGAUCACGUCCCCAGUAUCGACAGUUAUUCAGAGGCUGGCUACAAACCUGAAUCCAUCAAAGGAGACAUCGAGUUCAAGAACGUCCACUUCAGCUACCCCUCCAGGGCCGAUAUCAAAGUGUUAAAUGGCCUGAACUUGACUGUGAAGAGGGGGCAGACCUUUGCCUUGGUGGGAAGCAGUGGCUGUGGUAAAAGUACCACAAUCCAGCUGCUGCAGCGGUUCUACGAUCCUCAGGAAGGAAACGUGUUUGUUGACGGUCACGAUCUUCGUUCUCUUAACGUCCGUCACCUGAGGGAGAUGAUCGGGGUGGUGAGCCAGGAGCCCAUCCUCUUUGCCACCACCAUCACAGAGAACAUCCGAUAUGGCCGAACCGAUGUGACGCAGGAGGAGAUCGAACAAGCUGCCAAGGAAGCAAAUGCUUAUGACUUCAUUAUGAAGCUACCCGAUAAGUUUGAAACUCUGGUGGGAGAUCGGGGGACUCAGAUGAGCGGAGGACAAAAGCAGAGGAUCGCCAUCGCCCGAGCUUUAGUCCGCAACCCCAAAAUCCUCCUGUUGGAUGAAGCCACAUCUGCGCUCGAUGCUGAGAGUGAGACCAUCGUGCAGGCGGCGCUUGAUAAGGUCCGGUUGGGUCGAACUACACUAAUCGUGGCUCACCGCCUUUCAACAAUCAGAAAUGCUGAUGUUAUUGCCGGCUUCAGAGAUGGCAAGGUUGUAGAGGUGGGAACUCACAGCGAGCUGAUGGAAGGAAGGGGAGUCUACCAAACGCUGGUCUCAAUGCAGACGUUUCAGAAAAAUGCGGAGGAGGAGCAUGAGCAGUCUGCAGAUGAGAGAAGCCCAGGAAUCAGGUCGUUGUCUGAGUCUUCUCUCUUCAAGAGGAAGAGCACAAAAGGUGCAUCCUUUAAAGCUUCAGAAGGAGACAAAGAGGAAAAGGAAAAGUUGACUGGUGAUAACUUGGAGGAUGAAGACGUUCCCCCUGUGUCGUUCCUCAAAGUGAUGGCUCUGAACACUUCAGAGCUGCCAUACAUUCUUUUGGGGACCCUUUGUGCCAUUAUCAAUGGUGCAAUGCAGCCUGCGUUUGCCGUCGUCUUCUCAAAGAUCAUCAAUGUGUUUAUAGAACCGGACCAAGACGUUGUCAGACAAAGAUCAGUUUUCUUUUCCCUCAUGUUUGCUGCUAUUGGAGCGGUUUCCUUUGUCACCAUGUUUCUACAGGGUUUCUGUUUUGGUAAAUCUGGAGAGGUCCUCACCUUGAAGCUGAGACUGGGGGCCUUUAAGUCCAUGAUGAGGCAGGAUCUGGGCUGGUUUGACCAACCCAAAAACAGUGUUGGUGCGCUCACUACGAGACUGGCCACAGAUGCAGCCCAAGUGCAGGGGGCCGCAGGCGUGCGUAUGGCCACGCUCGCUCAGAACUUCGCCAACAUGGGCACCGGUUUGAUCUUGGGUUUUGUGUACGGCUGGGAGCUGACUCUGCUGCUCCUGUCUCUGGUGCCCAUCAUUGCAGUGGCUGGAGCCAUUGAGAUGAAAAUGCUUGCCGGACACGCUGCUGAAGACAAGAAGGAGCUGGAGAAGGCUGGAAAGAUUGCCACAGAGGCCAUCGAGAACAUCCGCACCGUGGUCUGCCUCACAAGAGAAGAAAAGUUUGAAGCUUUGUAUCAGGAGAACCUCGACGUGCCCUACAAAAACUCAAAGAAAAUGGCACACAUCUACGGCCUCACCUUCUCCUUUUCCCAGGCGAUGAUCUAUUUCGCAUAUGCGGCCUGUUUCCGUUUUGGUGCUUGGCUCGUUAUAGCUGGAAGGAUGAGUGUCGAAGGUGUCUUCCUUGUGAUUUCAGCCGUUCUGUUCGGUGCCAUGGCCGUCGGUCAAGUCAAUUCCUUCGCUCCAAACUACGCGAAGGCCAAACUGUCUGCUGCCCACAUCAUGAUGCUGUUAAACAAGGAGCCUGCCAUUGAUAAUCUGUCAAAGGACGGAGACUGUCCGGACCAAUUUGAUGGUAAUGUGACCUUUGAGAGGGUGAAGUUUAAUUAUCCUUCACGUCCUGAUGUACCCAUCCUGCAAGGGCUGAAUCUGAGUGUGAAGAAGGGAGAGACUCUGGCCUUGGUGGGAAGCAGCGGCUGUGGGAAGAGCACCACCAUCCAGCUGCUGGAGAGGUUCUAUGACCCGCUGGAUGGGAAAGUGGUGUUGGACAAAUCUGAUGCCAAAAACUUGAACAUUCACUGGUUGAGGUCCCAGAUAGGCAUCGUCUCCCAGGAGCCCGUGCUGUUCGACUGCUCUUUGGCUGAAAACAUUGCCUAUGGAGACAACAGCCGCAAAGUCAGCAUGGACGAGAUAGAGGCAGCGGCCAAAGCAGCCAACAUUCACAACUUCAUAGAGGGUUUGCCACUGAAAUAUGACACGCAGGCAGGUGAUAAGGGGACACAGCUGUCAGGUGGUCAGAAGCAGCGAAUAGCCAUAGCCCGAGCCAUCCUCCGCAACCCCAAGCUGCUGCUGCUGGAUGAGGCCACUUCUGCACUGGACACUGAGAGCGAGAAGGUGGUGCAGGAGGCUCUGGACCAGGCCAGCAAGGGCAGGACGUGCAUCAUCGUGGCCCACCGUCUGUCCACCAUCCAGAACGCAGACCGCAUUGCUGUAUUCCAGGGAGGAGUCGUGGUGGAGCAGGGGACGCAUCAGCAGCUGCUGGCAAAGAAGGGGGUCUACCACAUGCUUGUCAACAGACAGAUGGGACACGGUGACGAAUAACCCGUAGUGUCCAUAAUGUUGAGAGUUCUGGAUUAUACACUGGUCCCUUGGAUCAUCACUCCUCCCAUGCAGCUUCAGACAGUGGCUCCUGUGGCUUAAACCUAAAUGUAUAAAGUCUGAAUUCUGAUUGGCCGUCACUUUUGCAUGUCCUUCCCACAAGAGAUUUUUGACAUGUGUGGGGUGCAGGUGUAAACGGUAAAACUGAUUUUUUUGCGUACUCACUGUUGGUGGAUACAAGUUAAUGAUGUGUGCUUUUCCUGCUUAGCUAAGCAGUAGAUUUGGCUUUUAAAGAGCCUUUUUGUGCAAGUAGGAAAAGUCACCUUUGAGGUAGAUAUUUUGACUUGUAGGGAGAACACUGGAAUUAAAAAUGGCUGCAUUCUUUUUCUUUUUAAACGGGCUAAACAAGUAAAUGCAAUGACCAGUCCUCUUUGUUCGUUUGUCUAUGCACUGUGGUUUUAUGCCUCUGACGAUGGGAUCAUCACUGUCUGGAAUAGUUUUGGGCAAAAUCUUUAAUAUUUGUACUGUAAGUUAUGACUCAGUUCAGCAUCUUGGAUUGAGUUGGAGGACCAAAGUGCCUGAGCAGUUAAAGCCUGGGAAAUGCUGCGCAAAUGUUAAUUUUCAUUUGCAAAGUUUCUGUGGAAUUCACUUAAAAUGUAAUUUUGUUUCUAUUUUUUAGAGGAUGUGCUGCUUUGUAACUGUUAAUGUUUUAUAUUCAAAUAAAGGUUAAGAAAGCAA